AUGGAAGACCUCUUCCCACUACGGCCUGACGGCUCACUCGACGCUAAGGCCACUGCCAGGCAAUUCGCAUCUUUUGAGAAAGAAAUCCAAAGUUCCAUCGAUGAUCCGUCUAAACUCAAUGCAGCGCGCAAACGGCUUGUGGACGUAUCUCUCCAGCUAACAAAUUUGGCUGCCUGCCUGCCUCGAUUUGACAGGGAGCGCUAUGGCAACAAACUCGAGCGACUGCUCGCUGCGAUACAAGAGCGGGAGCUCCGUAAUGCACCGGCGGGCCAGAAACGCUUUCACUUUACACGAAAACCUCCAAAGCAACAGAAACCUCAAGCAUCAACACCACUAGCGGCGCCCUGCGCCGCUGUCACACCAGCAAACGCACUGGCCAGCACAUACCAGGUCGUACGGGUCGGCCCUGCGGAUACGCACUUCGCAGAUAUGCGCAAUUGCCAGCUGCUCAGCGAGGCGACUGCGCCGGUUACGACUUCCGCCCUGCAUCUGCAACGUAUCGUGGCAUCCUCCGUGAAGCUACGGCCAAUUCCGUUUGAGCACGGCAGUCUCUACAUCGAGGACUGCGAAGACGUUACCUUUAUGCUUGAAUGUCCGCCUGAAUCCGAUAUCCAGAUCAGAUUGCGCUGCCUCCGCAACUGCAAAUUGUGUAUUACUCGGCCAGACGCUGUGGCCCAGAAAGUCGUCUUAGAACGCUGCACGGAUUGCAUCUUCGAGAAAUCUUCGCAAGAGAAGGUUUUGAUCCAAGAUUUUGGUAAUCUGGGAUUUUUGGACUCGCAGCCUACUAAUUACAGCUUCGCCUCCUGGGUCUAA